GGAAGGGCCUCCGCAACACCAAAAAAACCCAGCCUAGAGCAAAGAGCGAUCAGACACAGAGUGGAUCACGGAAACCGUGAGGUACGGCGACCCUUUACAGACAAGUCCGAAGCCAUGCUCGCACAGCAUAAAUGACCUCCAAUUCCGUGCUUUCUAGGAGGUCAUGCGCCGCCUGCAAUUGCGCCUAUCGGUCUUGGCUCACCGCGACACAUCGUCAACGAAACCCGGGGUAUCGCAACUUCUAUCGAGCCCAGUCAACGACUAAGAAGGCCACCACAGAGCCAUUCACGCACUCGGCUGGGCAGGAUGGCGUCUCUUCCAAUGCGGCAAAGCCUUCUCGUAGGCCCCCCAUAAGGGCUGCCACCUCGAAUUCGUCGUCCUCGCUCAUAGACCGCCUAACCAAUGUCCCCGUCUUGCCGCACAACACCGAGGGAUCGGUCGUCAUCAGACCCGCCUUCCCCUAUCCGCACAAAACCGAAGCCCGCGAGGACCAGCGGAGACAUCACCGCGCCCGCGGGCAACAAGCCCGACUGCAAAAGUUCCUGGCCCAGUCCGGCGACUGGCGGGAAGUCCUCCAAAUCUUGGUCGAUCAUAGUCCCACUCACGAAGAGCCUCGGGAUGCAUUAAAAGUCAUCAUUCCGAAGGAUUCGGUUGAUCUCCUCUGGACGGAUCGCGAGAACAAUCUGUGGAACAUCAAAUCCAGAACACAUUGUAAGAUAGCGCUGUAUGAGCCAUCUGCCGACGCGGCCGAAGCCGGGAAGGAGAGCAAAACCGAGGCCAAAGGCGAGGACGAAGGCGAAGUGAGGAGCGAGAGCGAGCGAGAGGACUCAGACCCUUACAUCACACUCAGUGGUCAGCCAGCGGCUAUGGCUGCCGCGGUUGAUGACAUUCUGAAGGUUACCAAGGGCGCCACUGUCAUGAAAGUGCCCGACGGCUCCAAGCUGCCUCUGCGCGGGAAGGCCGUCCACUAUCACGUAACACCGAAGCCAAUACACCCCUACAAGCUCACCCAGAGGGCAGAUCAGAUCCCACGACCGGAUCAAUGGACAUUCCAGACAUUCUACCAACAUGUUUGUCGCCUGACCCUGGGUGAGCUGAGCCCAAGUCUUGCUAAGGAGCUGUACACCCGCUUUGCCGGUCAGGGAUGGGAAACGCACCAGACGGCGGUCGUGAAGCAACUGCUUUCCGUCUUCAAUGACCCAGUCGCCUCAACCGCUGCGACCAUCCCGGCGUUCAAAGAUGCCCUAACCUAUCUGGUACGGGCUGGCGAGUCUUUCGUCAAUGAGGCUCGGGCGCUCGUUGACCGCGCCCGCAGUCUGGGUCUGCGCAUAGACGCGGACGUCUUCAACAUCCUAGCCGAGGCGCCAGUCAAGUCGCGGAACUUGCCCGCGUUCAAAACGAUACUACGCCAGAUGAUCUCGGACGGACACCGGCCAAACCUACGCACAUGGCUCCUCUUUUUCCGCCUGGUCGAGGCCGAGGACGUCAGGCGAUACAUCGUCCAUGCGAUGGACACCAAAAACCAUUUCGCCAACGUUGCGUCAGCGAUCGAGAUAUCGACUGAGAUGGCCGACCACGAUAUGCACCGCGCGAUACAGUUGGGGCAGAACUUGGAGGUCUUCCUUGGCGCACAGCGUGCGCUGUACGGCCCAGAGUGGCGGCUGACCACGCGCGCUGCCAACAUGUACCUUGACGUUCUCGGGCGUUAUGGUAAAUUCGAGGAAGCAAGUCGGCUUCUAGAACAUAUGUUCGCGUGCGAGUCCCCCAAGCCAAACAGCGACUCCUUGAGCAUCCUUUGGAGACACUGCAAGUUGCAAAGCAAGAUCGAGCAGGCCAUCAAAUACCUUCGCAUGUUUGAAGAGCAUCGCCGAUACGUAGUCAACGGAGAAGCGCUCGAGCAUUUGUUUACGACUGCUUGGAAGACGAAGAAGCCCUACGUGGCCACUGCCAUCUGGCGGUACGCUCUCUUGACAGAUAUGGCGCCUUACGCCGUGCGACAGCGCAUUCUCGAUUGGCUAGAAGGGCAUGGUUCCCCGAAGCUUACGAGCCGAAUAGGCAGCCUGUGGGAGCCCCCUAACGGAUGCAACCUCACCAGACAGCAAUUUGUGGAAUAUCUCGCGCUGUGCGACUACAUCAACGAUAAGGCCCGAGCUGAGGGCCUUCCGAAAACAAGAGUUGUCUUCACAGGGCCCCCAGCAGCGCAACCACGCCGGAGCACCGACGUGGACGAGGGCCGUGGCAAUGUUUUCUGGCACCUGCCUGCCAGAAUGAAACACAGGCUUGUCUACAACUGGGGGUCGGAGAGAGGUCGCAAAAUGAAGCCGGCCAUCCGCCUCGGCGAGUUCUUGGAGAAGGCCCUGGAACGUGAUUACCGGGUGCACGCAAUGGCGCAGCAAGGGAAGGAAGGCGUGAUGGCGCUGGAGCCGGGCUCGGUCGAUCCACAGCCCGUACCACUGCCUCUUGUAGAGCGCCAUCCAUAUGCUCUUCUGAAGUAUGACCAGCAUAGCAUAAGCUAGGUAUUGCCUACCUUGGGUAUGUAAGGCAUUCUAUGGAUGUAACAUUAUAUAUGACAUUUGCAAAGUGUUGAGGAUACCUUAUCUACGUCUUGAGAAAUGCCAACUCGGUGUGAUCUG